AUCCCAAAGAAGAAAGGGAAAGGCUCCAGCAAAUUGCCGCAUAAGGAACGCCAAACUCCCAAAAUUCGCAGCAGCAUGCGAAGAAGCCAUUACGCGAGCGCAAAGCCGUCGUUAUCCCUUGAAGAUAAGAUCCCAGCUCCCAAUUCGUGUCCAUUACGUGUAAUCCACCAAAUCUUCCCUUUCAUUUCACCCUCCUCCAUAUUUAUCUCAAUCCCAAUUCCCCCUUUUCUUCCUUUUGUUUUCUCUCUAUCCAAACAGAAAAUCGAGUUAAAAGUGAACAAGAACUUUCUGGGUAACCCCAAAAAAGGGUUUUUUAGUUCGAUCUUCGAUUUGGGUUUUCACCGUUCCGUGUGUUUGUCUUGUGGAUUGAAUGAUUUUGUCAAGAAACAAACAAAAGUUUUGCUUAUCAGACCUAUCCACUUGCCGUUCUUGUUGUUGACGGGUUUUAGUCUCUCCAAUCCAAUCACGGGGCCCCUUUUUCCAUAAAAAGUUUCUUUGAUUUAUCCGUUUCCCUCGACUUUUUCAACAAAAGCGUUGUUGGGUUUUCUUUUUCUUCAGAGGAUUUUCCCUUUUGGGGAGUUUUUGAUCUAGGAAUUAUGAUGCAACGACAGCAGCGAGAUGGGGGGCAAUCGAGUGUUUUCUACGAGUUUUCUUCGCUUGUUAUGAAUAUUCUCCGUUCGCCACCGUCGUCGAUUCCGUUUUCCGAUCACUCACCGGUGGUUACAACCGCGUCUUCACGACGGUCGUUUCCGGCGCAGAUAACUCCGGCGGGGUUUGCGUCGCUACUUCUAGGGAUUUCUCUGGCUCUGAUGCUCUGUGGAUCGGUUACCUUCUUCAUCGGAUUCAUGAUGAUGCCUUGGGUUAUUGGAUUGGUUAUGUUUUUCUAUGUCGCCGCGGUGGUUUCCUGCCUCUCCAUGAUCGGACGCUCGAUUAUCUGCUACGCUACGGCUCCGCCUAGAAAGGAUAUUCCAGGAUAGAAACAACUUGCAUUGAGAGAAAAUGAAAAAGAAGCUUGGAAACUAAUGUGAAGAGGUAGAUGAUGUUGGACUAUGAAGCAAUUUCUGUUUACGGUGGUGUCGGGUGCCUCUAAUUCCCUUGGUGCUGCCUCGCUGGUUGGCUUUCUUCUCGACUCCACGGAGAAGAAAUGUUUGUUAAUAGUAUAUUUCAUACCAUACUGGAUCCUGUUGAUAUUGUUUCUGUUAAAUUGAAGGGAACAAAAUGUUGGAAGGUUUAAGAAUAUGAUAAGGAAAUGCAAGAAGUGGGGGACCUGGUUCCAUUUCAUUUCCUCCUCUUACGCUUAGGCCAUACCUUUGAAGUUACUUGUAUUGAUUAUAGAAGUAAUUAGCUGUUGCCCCCCCUUUUCAUUACUGAAUACUCUAAUAUCUCGAGCCUCCUUCUACUUGGUUGAAGGUUUAUGUCGUUUCACACUAGCACAUCGGGGUCCAUGGAUGAAAAGCUUUAGAGAAAAUAUCUAGAAAUGUUACAUUUUUCUUUUUUAAUAGAAACAGAGUUGUGAAA